GAUGAGCUUCAAGUUCAGUGAGAAACCCUGCCUUAAAAUGUAAAGUGAGCCUUUUGCCCUCUUUGGCCAGCUGAAGGCAAGAUGGGUCACCAGCAGCUCUAUUGGGGUCACCCGAGGAAGUUCAACCAGGGAUCUCACUCUUGCUGCGUCUCCUCUAACUGCCAUGGUCUGGUCUGGAAAUGACUGAAUAUGUGCCAUCAGUGAUUCCAUCAGUACUCGAAGGACAUAGGCUUCAUUGAGUUGGACUAAUCAACAUUGAAUGGAUUAUUCAAGACUGUCUACCCACUGAAACAGAUCAUACUAGUCUUUGUACAUAAAGAAUAAAAAAAAAAAUGGAGACCUUCCAAAAAAAAGUAAGGUGAAGACUGAUUGAGGAAGGCACCCAACACGGAAUCUGGCCUCAAUAUGUGCCAGUAUGCACACAUGCAUAUGGAUCCACACACAAACAAAUGUACAUUAUUUUUUUGCAUUUAAUAUCAUUUAACUUGAGAUGCAUUCCACUGUGAGA